AUGCUCUUCCUUGCUCCCCAGAUGCUGAGCCUGCUGCUGCUGGUGCUGCCCGUCCUGGCAAGCCUGGCCUACAUGGCCCCUGCCCCAGGCCAGGCCCUGCAGCGAGCGGGCAUCGUCGGGGGGCAGGAGGCCCCCAGGAGCAAGUGGCCCUGGCAGGUGAGCCUGAGAGUCUGCGACCAAUACUGGAUGCACUUCUGCGGGGGCUCCCUCAUCCACCCCCAGUGGGUGCUGACCGCGGCGCACUGCGUGGGACCGGACGUCAAGGAUCUGGCCGCCCUCAGGGUGCAACUGCGGGAGCAGCGCCUCUACUACCAGGACCAGCUGCUGCCGGUCAGCAGGAUCAUCGUGCACCCACAGUUCUACACCGCCCAGAUCGGAGCGGACAUCGCCCUGCUGGAGCUGGAGGAGCCGGUGAACAUCUCCAGCCACGUCCACACGGUCACGCUGCCCCCUGCCUCGGAGACCUUCCCCCCGGGGAUGCCGUGCUGGGUCACUGGCUGGGGCGAUGUGGACAAUAAUGUGCACCUGCCGCCGCCGUACCCGCUGAAGGAGGUGGAAGUCCCCGCAGUGGAAAACCACCUUUGUGACGCGGAAUAUCACACCGGCCUCCAUACGGGCCACAGCUUUCAAAUCGUCCACGAUGACAUGCUGUGUGCGGGGAGCGAAAAGCACGACUCCUGCCAGGGUGACUCUGGAGGGUCCCUGGUCUGCAAGGUGAAUGGCACCUAGCUGCAGGUGGGUGUGGUCAGCUGGGAGGAGAGCUGUGCCCAGCCCAACUGGCCUGGCAUCUACACCCGUGUCACCUACUACUUGGACUGGAUCCACCACUAUGUCCCCAAGAAGCCCUGAGCCAGGCCUGGGGUGUCCACCCGGGUCACUGGAGGGCCAGCCCCUCCUGUCCAAACCACCACUGCUUCCUACCCAGGUGGUGACUGCCCCCCACACCUUCCCCCAUCCUGAGUCCCCUCUCCCAUCCUGAGCCCUGUCCCCUGUCCUGAGCCCCCUCCCCUU